CGGCUCAGCCUCCUCUUCCAGGGUCCAGCUCACUGCUUCUGACUCACCUGUUCCUGGAGCAAUGUCUUCCCAGCAGCAGCAGCAGCAGCACCAGUGCCCACCCCAGAAGGCCCAACAGCAGCAAGUGAAGCAGCCUUGUCAGCCACCCCCUGUCAAAUGUCAAGAGACGUGUGCACCCAAAACCAAGGAUCCAUGUGCUCCCCAGGCCAAGAAGCACUGCCCACCCAAGGCCACCGUCAUUCCAGCCCAGCAGAAGUGUCACUUAGCCCAGCAAGCCCCCAAGAGUAAACAGAAGUAAGGAUGGAUGAGAUAUUACCAUCCAUCCACCAUCCAGGCUACCAGAUGGAACCUUCUCUUCUUCCUUCUUCUCUUCCCCUCCAGCUCCUGGGUCUACCCUCCUCUCUCAUCUCCUUCUGCCCAAGAUCUAAGGAAUCAUUGUAAGGAUUUCUUCCCAUCGCACCCCUCCCCACAUAUACCACCUUGGCUUCUUCUGUAUCCCACCCUGAUGCUCUCCCAUGUGGGCAUGAGAGAGACCUCAUCCUCUCUAGGCUCCCGCUUGGCCACAGCUAAGGCCCACCCAUUCCCCAAAGCAAGGAAAGUGUCUGGGCUUCUUCUGGAGUUCCACCCUGACAAGUAGGGUCACAGAGGCUGGUGCACAGUUUCAACCUCAUUCCUCUCCAUGACGCCCCCCACUCUGGGCUUCUUUCCUGUUUUCCCCAAUAAAUUGUGCUUCGCAUAAUAAA